AUGCGACCACUUAUCCUGCGAGUAUUGGAUCCUCCUAUGAGUCUUACAGAAGGACUCAGGAUGGGCUUGCUGCGAAUCACAUCACGGAGGACGACGCAAUUCUUGCGGAGGUCUUUGGCCAGCACCAUGAGAGGACAGGAUACGCAGCACAGGGACGUUCUUGGGUCGAAUUCGUUACAGAAGCUCAUCAAGUCCGACUACCCACCAAUUUCAAUACCAAGUAGGCCAUUUCCGGAAACUGUAGUGGAGGCCAUUCAGAACCAUGGGAACAGGCCGGCAUUUGUAUGUGCUGAGACUAUGCGAGAAAUCACUUACAGUACGAUCUACCGGACUGCUUAUGCGCUUGCGACAUUCCUUCGUGACAAAGGUUUUCAUAAAGAUGUCGCUUGCACGGCUUUGCCAAACCGUUGGGAAUGGGCAACGAUUUUUCUUGGGGUAACGUUGAAUGGGGGCAUUCUUACCACAGUUAGCGCAAUUUCUACUGAAUAUGAGCUCAAGCGACAAUUUCAAGAUUGCGGUGCCAAACUGAUAUUCACAAAUCGCGAAUCUCUCGAAAAAGUGUUGAAUGCAGUGCGAGAGUGCCCUUCAGUAAAGUUCAUCAUCUGUGUUGGAAACGAGCCUUCAAGUACAUUUCCUAAUAAUUGCUAUCAAUGGGAUGACAUCCUUUCAACUCUACCUGAUCCAAAUUUUUCUACCUCACCAGUUGACGUUGAUCGAGACCCUGUAUUUAUGCCAUAUUCUAGUGGUACUACAGGCCCGCCGAAAGGAGUGAUGCUAACCCAUAAAAACUACUCUGCUCUUAUGAGUAUUUAUGGAAGACAUGAAGAGUUGCGCAUGUUGGGAGGACUUUCUCCACCAUGGUGCUAUGAGGAAGACAGAGAACUGCUACUUUUGCCAUUUUACCACUGCUUUGGGUUUGCGCUGAUGAUGUCAUCCAUUCUCAAAGGUGGCACUUCAGUAGUAAUGUCACAUUUUCAUCCGCAAUUAUUUUGCGAGUCUGUACAAAAAUUCAAGAUUCGAUUCGUAGCCGUAGUUCCUCCUAUACUGGUGUUCCUUGUCAAAAAUCCUAUAUGCGAACGAUACGACCUCUCUUCACUGCAGUUCAUUUUCAGCGGGGCAGCACCAGCUGGGAAGGAUCUGUGCGAGGGACUCAAGAAAAAGUACAAAAACAUAAGGCACAUCCAGCAAGGCUAUGGUAUGUCCGAAUUGGGCAUGGGAUCUCAUCUACCUGACAUUACUCAGGGACAGCCAGUUGGAAGCGUCGGAAAGCUUGCGUCGAAUUUGGAGAUGAAGAUUGUUGAUCCAGAAGAUAAUACUAUGAAGGCACGAGGAGAGAUCGGAGAGAUUUGCAUACGCGGUCCCACAGUAAUGCUUGGUUACUUUGGGAAGCCAGAAGCCACAAAAGAGUGUAUCAGAGACGGAUUCAUGUACACCGGUGAUCUGGGAUUUGUGGAUAAUGACGGGUAUUUAUUUAUCGUUGACCGUUUGAAAGAGCUCAUCAAAGUCAAAGGAUUCCAGGUGCCUCCCGCUGAGUUGGAAGAUCUCUUAUUGCGCCAUCCGUUAAUCCAUGAUGCCGCCGUGAUUGGAGUUUGCAAUGCGGAGGGGGAAGAACUUCCGAAAGCUUUUGUAGUUAGCUGCUCAGAAACUUUGACUAAGGAUGAUGUGAAAGCAUUUGUGAGAGACCGGGUCUCACCUUACAAACAGCUCACAGGAGGUGUUCAGUUUUUGAACGAAAUUCCAAAGUCACCAGCCGGAAAAAUUCUACGACGAUUGCUUCGUGAACAAUACGUCAUCGAACUCAUCAACUUUGUGAAGUUUCUGCAAAAAGGGGACUAUCAGCAACUGACACUCGGCGGAAGAACUGGGUCAUCAUACCGACUACGUCAGUUCGUGAUGCGUAUCCACCUAAAAAUUCUCAGAUGGAAAGGAACCAAGCCCCAUUCUUCGCAAAGCGGACACCUCAACGCUAUCGCCGAUUUCAGUCCUACCACCUCCAGCGCCUGCUCCAAUCAUCGCCAAGCUAGCACCACCGCCCAGGCCUCCACCCGCAACGCGUCCCUUACCUCCAAACCGCUUGAUUACAGCUCCUCGCCCAGUGCCACCUCAUCGACUCAUAAAGACGUUACCACUUUCCACGGUGCUACCACCGAGAGUCCAGAAGGAUGUGCUGUAAAAUCGUCUACUCCGCCCAGUCAAGCACCAGUUGAACAGAGCAAGGGUAGCAAGGGUAACGAUGAAGAAGACGACGACUAUGAAGAGGAAUUGUAG